AGACAAGAAGAAGAAGAAGAAGAAGAAGAAGAAGUGGACUAAGAUUUAAUUUAUCCGCCCUGUUCUAUUUCUAUCGCUCUCCAUAUAAUUUCAAUUUCCAUCUCUGGCUACGCUUUCUUCUGUUCUGCGAAUCUCAUUGCCUUCCGCACCGUAAGUCGACCUGGGAAUUUGACUUGAUUUCUUAACUACAUACAACUGAUCGGAUCGGAAGAGGAAAAUCUGAGAUGGCAAAGGAGACGGAAUACUAUGACGUGCUUGGAGUCAGCCCUACGGCUACCGAGGCCGAAAUCAAGAAAGCUUAUUACAUAAAGGCACGGCAGGUUCAUCCAGAUAAAAACCCUAAUGAUCCUCUUGCAGCACAUAAUUUUCAGGUUUUGGGUGAAGCUUACCAAGUAUUGGGUGAUCCAGCCCAACGGCAAGCAUAUGACAAUUAUGGGAAAUCAGGAAUCUCAACUGAGGGAAUUAUUGAUCCUGCAGCUAUCUUUGCGAUGCUUUUUGGCAUUGAGCUUUUUGAGGAAUACAUAGGCCAGCUUGCGAUGGCAUCAAUGGCUUCACUAGACAUUUUCACGGAAGGGGAAGAGUUUGAUGCUAAAAAGUUGCAAGAAAAAAUGAGGGUUGUUCAGAAGGAAAGAGAAGAAAAGCUUGCAGAAAUAUUGAAAGAUCGACUUAACCAAUAUGUGCAAGGAAACAAAGAGGAGUUUGUCAGACACGCUGAAGCUGAAGUAGCAAGGCUAUCCAAUGCAGCUUAUGGUGGUGAUAUGUUGAAUACAAUUGGCUAUAUAUAUGCAAGGCAGGCCGCUAAAGAGCUAGGGAAAAAGGCAAUAUAUUUGGGUGUGCCAUUUAUUGCUGAAUGGUUUAGAAACAAAGGGCAUUUUAUUAAAUCCCAAGUAACAGCAGCAACAGGUGCAAUUGCUUUGAUCCAGCUGCAGGAGGACAUGAAAAAGCAACUCAGUGCAGAAGGAAACUAUACUGAGGUAGAGCUCGAAGGAUACCUGCAAUCACACAAGAAAUUGAUGGUCGAUUCCCUGUGGAAGCUUAACGUAGCUGAUAUUGAGGCCACUCUAUCCCGUGUUUGUCAGAUGGUUCUUCAAGACAACAGUGCCAAGAAAGAGGAUCUCCGCGCUCGAGCAAAGGGGUUGAAAACUCUUGGUAAAAUCUUCCAGAGAGUUAAAUCAUCCAAUGGAAAUGAGAGUGAAAUCGGGGUAGAUAACGCGAUGCAUAAAUUGAAUGGAAGUGAAUCAAGCUAUGAUGCUUGCCCUCCUAGUACGUCACCAAAAUCUUCAAACCCUGAGGAGCCAUCAUAUUCCACAUUUGCAUUACAGAGCCCCUAUGUGGAGGCACCCAACUUUGGCAGCCCGCAGUUUGACUGUAACUUCCCAAGGCCAGCACCGCCACCUGGUGCACCAAGACAUCCUUCAACAGCCAGGGACUGAGGAUGGAAAAGUUUGAUAUCUUGUGUGAAAUGCUUGUCGUGUAUAAUAUCCUAUCAUAUGUAUCAAUGUUGUGGUUGUAUGAAUAGAUGAUUGUGCUGGAAAGCUCAUGCCAACUCUGUCUGAUCGGGCAUGCUGUAAUCUAUCUAUGGAAGACAAAUAAUUGUAUACUUAGAGGACAUGGUUGUAGAAGGUAGUUUUUUUCACUGUCACCGGCUAGCUGCGAUUGGCUGCCACUUGAUGUGAAUGAUUUUUUUCAAUGGAGUGUCGUUCUUGUA